GUAAGUUUUAAUAUGUGAUAUUUUCCAUUUCAUUUUAUUACUGCUUGUUAAUGUGAAAUCUGUAUACGGAGGCACCUGAUGUGUUUUUGCAGACAUUGGUGAAGUAAAGGACAUUCCUGAAAUAAACAAGGAAUUCUUACAUGAUGAUAUCAUGGAGCCUACAAACAUGCAGAGGAGUACCAUUAUUAAUGAAAACAUGCUGUGGAAAUCCCCAGUCCCCUAUGUGUUGAAUAACGAACUUGACAUUAAUUCUAAAGGAGUCAUUCUGAGGGCCUUUGACCAGUUCAGGUUGAAAUCAUGCAUUGAUUUCAAACCAAGGGACUCUGAGGACUAUUACAUUUCUGUCAAACAGUUAAAUGGAUGUUGGUCAUACAUUGGGCAAAUAUUUUCCAAUGGACAGGAACUCUCCAUUGGAACAGGCUGUGGUUACAUUGCCAUUGUUGAACACGAGUUCCUUCAUGCUCUUGGCUUCUACCAUGAACAGUCCAGAUAUGACAGAGAUGAUUAUGUGAUGAUUAACUUUGGAAACAUCCUUGAAGCUUACAAGAGCAACUUUAGAAUAGUUGGCAGUGAUAACAGCACCACCCACGGAGUCCCAUAUGACUACUUGUCUGUGAUGCACUAUGGCAAAGAUGAUUUCACCAACGGCAAAGGAUCCACAAUUAUCACCAAAGACCCAAAAUUCCAGAAUCUGAUUGGUCAACGAGAGGAAAUGAGUACUAGUGAUGUUCAGGAGCUGAAUCUACUCUACAAAUGCAGCUCAUCCAUAGCCUUUAAGAUGUACUGUGGCUUUAUUAAUGGGAACACGUGUCAAAUGAACCGCUGUUCAAAGAGUGGCAAUGGCUGGGAAAUGGUAACAGCUGUUUAUAGUGGUCCCAGCUCUGACCACACCAAUCUGCCCAGUGGAAAUGGUAAUCAAGGUCAGGAUGCAGGUUUCUUCGUGUAUGCCAGCACAGAAUCAGGUCAGGAGGGUGACUCAGCCUGGCUGGAGACAAAGAGGAUGAGUCCCCAGAGGGAGUGUCAUGUCCAGUGUCUGCAGUUCUACUAUUACCACAAUGGGAGCGAGUCAGAUGAACUUAACAUCUGGAUCAGAGAGUUUCAAGAUGAACGGGACUCCACAGGAACUCUCUACCUCAUGGGACAGAUCACUGGUCCACCAACAUCUCACUGGACUCUCCACCAUGUUCCUCUAAAUGCCACCAAGCAGUUCCAGGUGGAGUUUGAGGUUCGUAAAGGAGCAGGAAACUCUACAGGCGGCUUCUCUAUUGAUGACAUCAAUCUCUCAGAGCUUGAGUGUCCAGAUGGAACCUGGCAGAUUAAUGAUUUUGAGACACUUUGGAACACUAGUGAUACUCCGGACUGGAUAUAUAGCCCAAGGCAGUACUCCAGUGAGGGCUAUGCUUACCGGGUAGCGUUAAAUCUCCGCCAGACAGAUUUUGGAGUAUAUGUGCAUCUUGUCUCUGGUGUCUAUGAUGACCAACUGGAAUGGCCUUGCCCACAAAGGCAAUUUACUGUCCAAAUGGUGGAUCAGAACCCCAACAUUCAGCUACAGAUGUCAAGGCAAAAUAGUCUCACCACUGACCCAAAUCUGCUCAGCUCCAGUGGAGUACUAAUUUGGGGCAAACCUCGUGAGGUUGGAAGUCAAAUUGUUGACGAGAACAAUGAAACCAUCUAUGUUAAUACCCUAUAUGGUUAUAGAAAUUUUGCAUCUUUGAAAGACAUCCAAUCCAGAGAUUACCUUAAGGGAGGAAGCACCAUUUUCAUCUUCACUUUACAAGAUCUCACGCCUCUAGUUAAUGGAAGUUCGCUGCCAUGUCCUCAAGCGAGAACAGUAAAAAUUACACUUCCUCCUGAAGACCAGGAUAAAGGAAACUGCUCAUCAUGGAUCUCACCAACCUCCAUUCCACCCUCAUACACAACAGAUGACAGGAUCUCACCCACCACAAUUCCAAUUCCAGACACAACAGAUGUUGGCACUGUUGGCUUCUCUCCUGGUAUGAUGGUCUCUCCUGUCCUCACACUCCUGCUAGCACUGAUGCUUUUGAUGCCUUGAUGUAUAUUUCAUCCACAUCUGGACUCGUUACAUGGACAGCACCAAAGACUGCCAGAUUCAUUUUAGAUAUUUUUUAUUGUUUUACUAUAUUGAUUUAUUUUUGAUUUAUUAUAGAUUUUCCUAAUGUAAU